GCGACAAGAUCAAGUCUAGCCCAGCUCGGGCGACCGAGCACAACUGCAUCUGGAACCAUUUUUGCGGAGAACCGGCGAAACGGCGUAAAUCCCCAAACAGUCACUGGCUCCACUUGGAAGCGACAAGACGGGCUGGACGGCGAAAACCCCGUGUUUGCCAGGUUCUAGAAUAUGGUAGCCACGAACAAUGGCCAGACAGUAAUGUGCAAGGCAGGCGACGGACAGCUCAGCCUAGAGAUGGAAGGACGCGUUCUGUAUCAAAUGAUUUUAUAUUUGGCUCGUCUUGCACUCGGGGCUUUCCCACCUGCUUCCUGAUCCUUUCUCUUCCUGACCCACGCCCAAUCCGAAACCAUGCAACUCCAGAAAUCCUACUACAUCGGCGUGGAUGUCGGAACGGGCAGUGCCCGGGCCUGUGUCACCGACGACACCGGCGACAUUGUCAGUCUGGCUUCCGAGGAUAUCCGCCUUUGGAACCCCCAGCAAGAAUACUAUGAACAAUCCACAACCGACAUCUGGCGCAGCAUCUGCUCAUCCGUGCGCCGCGCCAUAGCCGACGGGAAUAUCGACCCCGACGAAGUGCGCGGCAUGGGCUUCGACGCAACGUGCUCACUCGCGGUAUUCGACAGCGAGACCGACGAGCCAGUCUCCAUCAGCAGCCCCGGAUUUGACACGGACCGCAACGUGAUUCUCUGGCUGGACCACCGCGCGAUGCGCGAGACAGAAGAGAUCAUCAAUGCGACCGGCCAUAAGGUGCUUCGGUAUACCGGGGGGAAAAUGUCGCCCGAGAUGGAAAUUCCCAAGAUCCUCUGGUUGAAGAGGAAUAUGGCCGCGGAUGUCUUUGCGAAAUGCAAGUUUUACGAUUUGGUGGAUGCGCUCACGCACAUUGCCACGGGUGGAGAGGAGACGAGGAGCCUCUGUAGCCUUGUUUGCAAGCAGGCGUACCUUCCCAAGGGGGUCGAGGGGAGUACGCAGGGCUGGCAGCGGGACUUUCUCGAGGAGAUUGGAUUGGGCGAUUUGGCUGCUCGUGAGUUUGAGCAGAUUGGUGGUGUUGACGGAGAUACUGGGCAUCAUCUUCACGCUGGAGAUCUCGCAGGCGUACUCUGCGAUAAAGCCGCAAAGGAACUCGGUUUGCCGGCGGGAAUCGCGAUCGGCAGCGGCGUCAUCGACGCAUACGCAGGCUGGAUAGGAACAAUCGGCGCAGACGUCGACCUCGACGAGGAGAAGGAAGAAGUAGAAGAAGAAGAAGAUAAUAACUCAACUGCAAAAACAAAGGACCGACAGCGGUCGAGAGUAUUUACCCGGCUGGCAGCCGUCGCAGGCACCUCCACGUGCCACCUCGCCAUGUCCCCGCGUGCGGUCUUUGUCGCGGGGAUCUGGGGCCCCUAUCGUGAUACAAUCUUCCCAGGCUGCUGGAUGGCAGAAGGCGGCCAGUCGGCAACGGGCCAGCUGCUGAAACAUGUUCUGGAAUCUCACCCAGUAUACAAGCACGCAGUGUCUGCUGCGGAUGAGCUGAAGAUGAACAUUUUCCAAUUCCUGAAUGGCCACCUGUAUGCGAUGGCCCGGGAUAGGGAGGCCUCGAGCAUAGCAUACCUCGCCCGGCACUUCUUUUUCUAUGGAGACUUAUUCGGCAACCGCUCUCCACUAGCAGACUCCACGAUGACUGGAGCGAUCGUCGGCCUCACAAGCGACACAUCGCUCGACGGGCUUGCAAUCCACUACUACGGCACGCUAGAGUUCAUCGCCCUGCAGACGCGCCACAUCGUCGAGACGAUGAACGCAUCCGGCCACGCCAUCCGCUCAAUAUUCAUGUCUGGGUCGCAGUGCCAGAACGAGAUUCUGGUGAAUCUUAUCGCGUCGGCAUGCCGCAUGCCUGUUGUGAUUCCGCACUAUGUCACCGCGGCUGUCUGCCACGGGGCAGCAAUUCUUGGUGCAAGAGCAGCAGCAUUGGCAGCAGGUGGUGGUGAUGGUGCAGGCUCAAACGCUACUACUAAGGGCGAGCCACGAGUGGACCUGUGGGAGGUGAUGCAGAACAUGAGCAAACCGGGCAAAGUAUUUUACCCGACGGAGAGGCAGGAUGAGAUGGCGCUGCUUGCGGUCAAGUAUCAGGUGUUUUUAGACCAGGCUUGUAAACAGAGGGAGUAUCGCUCUAUGGUGGACAAAGCUCUUAAUGAAUGACCAAAUAGUUUGGGAGCGAGUAAUGGAAUAACGCAUUAGUGGAAGGAUAUAUUGUACUUAGUAUUUGCGCGAUGGCCGUCGCUGCGAUUUGAAAAGCUUCAUUACCCGUAAAGGGCGUUAACCUGCCCAAAGUAAGUAAGAUUCAGACUUGGAUUCCUUUGCGAUAGAGAUAUUCUUUCCUUCCACGUAGGGCAUAAUACUACAAAAUGGUACGUAUUAUCCCGUUUCUUCGAUCAGCUCCAUCAGCACCUGUCUCGCGCGCUUGAUAUCCGCAGCUUCAUCCUCCCAGUAUGUCAGAGCCUCAAGGGUCUUUGUGAAAUGACCUCUCAGAUCUUCUUCAGCAAGGUCAAUCCCUGGCACAUCCAGAUUCCCACUCUUGACGAGCGCAAUGACAAUCAGCGAGGCGGUCACCAGGGCUCGGAGGUCGAACCAGAUGCCGUGGUGGCGGUGGCGGAGACAUCGCGCCUGGAGGAUUUGCAUACAGCAAGUGAAACCGGACUGGGCCAGGGCCUGCAUCGAUGCUGCCUCACCCGCGGUGAGAUUGGAGGGUGCUGCUACUCCAGUGGUCAUUGGGUGAUGGAUGGCAAAGUAAAGAAAUGGUUGGUAUAGCCAGAGCCGGAUUUCGAGCAAGCGGUUGCCGAUGGCCCAACUGAGUUCUAGGGAGAUCGAAUCGUGCAAGUCAUGGUUGCUGCCAUGUCCUCCGCCUGCAGCUGUUGCAUGACCUGUUGGGCUAUUGGCAUUAUUGCCGUAGUACUGCAUCGCGGGAGGCAAGUUCGCCGCCCAUGCAUUGAUUUGCGACUCGAAUUCCAGCGCAAUGGGAAUAAAAGGCUUCAGGGUCGACCAGGUCGACGCAGGCCUGUUACCUCGGUAGAAGGCGUUGAGAACGCGAUUUGCGAUGCGUCGCAGCGCGACCUCGGUCAGAUAGUAGUACCAGCUUUGCUCUUCAUCGAAGAGUUGGAUAAUAUGGCGGCGCGCUUCAAGAUCCGGUCGGUCGAAUAGCCGAUGCUGCUGAGUAUGUGCAGUGCGGCGAUCCUCGUCGAGCGACCCGGGCGGGAAUUGGUCGUUUCCAGGAUAGUCGCCGGAGAGGGUCGGCGGGGUCGGAAACAAGGUAGGGUAUUCGAAUUCCGCUAUUGCAGAUUGUGGCAGUGGAAGCUCGACGCGUAUCUCGACCUCGGAUUUGAAGCAUGACCAGUACAGACUUUGCUCGAGUCGGCGGGCCACGGAGUCAUGCUGGGUUUCUGCGUCAUGUGCGGACAUGUCAUCGAUACUGAGACCCUCUAUGAGUCGGAGACGGAGCCGGUAAAACGUCGAAGCCUGCGAAAAGUGAUUCCAGGCAGCAAGUGGGCGAAAGGUGUACAUCAGGUAGACUGCAAUGCAACCAAUCAGCUGAGAAAGAAAUAUUUCGGCAAGGGAUCCAAACCAUACCACCAGCAAAGAAGUGACACUGCGCGCCUAUCAC